AUGCUCUUGCUAAGGACGUACGCGUUUGCGACAGCCAGGAAGAUGUCGGCGGCGGCAAACCAAGGAAAACAUCUCGUGAGCCCCGAAACGGCAUCAAAUGGAAUUCUGGAGCGACUUGCAGAUUGCCGUGUGUCAGCUGACGUCGGUGCACGACCUGGAGAAGAACUUCGAGACGGCCCGAAGAAUGGUCGAGCACGCUGCCGACCGACAGUGCAAGGUCUGUGGCGAACUCUGGAAGGUCGCAAUCCGAGCUGUUGAAGAUGGUCUUCUUCCCGGAGUGCUUCGACUACGUUGGCCGCACUCGAGAUGAAAACGUCGAGUUGGCCAUGGCAACUGACUGCGACUACAUGCAGCAGUACAGGUUCGAAAGCAGUUCGGCUUAUCUUUGCUUCAUUAUUCCGAUCUAUUGUAUUUUCCGAGAGUAUAUAUUUUUUAAUAUAAGAUGAGAUAAAGAUUUUGAUUUCCUAUGCUACUGUAUACUUCCUGUUUCGGUAUAGUUUCCAAAAUCUGGAAGUGAACAUGAGGAGAAUUGGGAAUGAGAGUUUGGAAAUAGAUACGAGAAGUUAUGGUGAUCUGAAGAGGCGCCAGAGAAAGAGACACCCCUACUUAUCUGACUUCUCUUCUCCACUAUUUUAACUACCUUUCUUUAUUGUGGCAUUGAAAGUCUUCUGUAUAAUUUUUAUAUCCAAUCCACACUUCUACUGCUACAUCUGGAUUUUUCAGAGAUCUCGCCAAAAAGCACAAAUUGUGGCUAUCAUUGGGCGGUUUGCAUCACAAGGUUUUCCAGAUUUGCCUUGCAGCUUGUCAUUAUUUUUUUAGGACCCAAACGACUCCAAGCGCCCGUGGAACACGCAUCUGAUCAUCGAUGAGGAUGGAAAAACUCGGGCCGAAUAUAAAAAGUUGCACCUUUUCGAUUUGGAAAUCCCUGGACAGGUGCGACUGAUAGAGAGCGAGUUCAGCAAGGCCGGAACCCAGGUUUGA